UUUCCCUCGACUGCCCAACCGUCCCACACUCUCGCCCUCUUUAUCGAGGUGCAUCUUCCUCUCAUCCGCCCAUCGACCUUUCUACGUUCACUCCCCUCUCUCCAUACACGUGUUCGAGUUUUUGCCGCUUCUGUUGAUCAUUCCCGCCCCCCGGUCCUUGCAAUCCGAUUGUCUCGCCGCUCUUCGUUCCUGGUCGGUGCAUCCUUCAUCCUUACCUCAAUCCUCCUCCCAAAAUUUACGGUGACACGAAGGAACAUCGCAUCUGGUGUUCAAUCAUAUACCUUCUUUCCAUCGCCUACGCCAAUCAAAAAUGGCCUCACGUCGUCGCAACAUCGGUGCUAGCCGGCGGAGGAGAAGAAGAGAUGAGGAAGGCGAGGAUGAAGGUUCCCUAGAGGGAGAGUUGGAAGAUGAUUCGUUAAGCGAGGGCUCGGUCAUCAGUCAUCCCGGUGAUGAUGAUGAUGAUGCUGAUGCUGAUGGCGAGGGAAGCGACGAGAGCGACGGGGAGGCUUCUUCGUCCCCGCACUUGGACAGAACCAACGGACUUCAGGUCAACGGUCUCGUGCCUGAAAUCAACCAGCGGUCUGGACGACGUCAUUCCUCAUCUCCUGGAAAACGACACACAGCUACCGCUGUGUCAGAUACUGAGGCAAUGAUGAAUGGAUUGACGCUCUCUGAUCAGACGAAUGAAGUGGCGGAAAUCCACUUUGAUGAUAUGAAGGGGGAGUCUGGUUCAUUGACAGGAAGGACACCAUCUGCACCUCCUACAGAAGCGAAGAGAGGGACUUUUGCGGAGCGAAAACGCCGCGAACACGAGAGGUAUGCAAAGGAGCGGGAUGAGAAUCUGGCCUUCGUGCCCACUCGAGGUCGCUUUUUCCUUCACGAUAAGCGUUCCACCGAGUCUGGCCCGAAUGGCCACAGGCCGUUCAACAAAUCAAAAUCGAGACCUUAUGGCCUCAUCGUGGAUGGAAAUGUUCGCAGUGAAGGGCAGUGGACGCAUGAUCUGCACGAGAUGGUCGCAGGAGAUGAGCCCGUCAACAAGCCCUCUGCUGUGCCUGGAUCCAUGUCGAACUUUGCCCCAAAACCUGUCCCUACGGCUCCUCGUUCUACGCCCCCGAACAGGUCUUUCUCGAGCACCACCCUGAUCGGCAAUGUGCCUGUUGUAGUGUUUCUACAGGGCAUGGCUCGGCCCAUACCUUUCCCUGCCGUUCCAAAAAAGCAACACACUCGUCUCCCUCAACAUCGUCCCCCGUUACGUCGAGACAAGCCCGUUCGCAUAUCGUUCCCUGGACAGUCUCCGAGAUACAUAUUCCCCUCGACAGAGCGCUCGUUUAUCUUUAUUCCACGAGCGCUGAGGCCAAAUCAGCAGGGUUACCGCUCCGUCUACACCCCGAGUGUCACUGCUAGCCGGAGAUCGUCGAUGGGAAAGCCAGCCUCUCAUGAUGGAUACCCCUCGCCGGCUGCGUCUGUAUUGUCAAGACAUACGGUGGUUACGACCGAAAAUGGGAAGCCAAUCGUCCGUCUGCCUCCACCUUCCAGGCCAUUAGGCGGCGUGCCUCCGGCAGCCGCUGCUGCUGGUCCCGGAGCCGUUGUUACCGCGUCACUGCCACAACCUAUGCCUCAACCUCAGCCCCAGCAGCCCUCGUACCGCGAGAGCCGUCCGGCUCCCAUCCCAAUGCAUCAGCCCCGUCCUCAGAAAACGGUUUCUGUCGCCGAUAUAGAGACUCCUGCAAGCUUCUCCUUCAACGCCCCCCAGCCACAGCAGGAACAACCAUUCCAACACCAGGUUCCUAUGCCUAUCAAUGGCCCCGGCUAUGGUACCGAUGCCCAAUCUGCCCAUGCAGCUGGGACGCCUUCAUCGCACAUACCCGAGCGAGCAAUCCAUGCUCAACCUUUCCAACCAUAUGGCUUCCAACAAGCCCAGCCAUUUUAUCCUACCGCUUAUCCCCCCGGUACAGUAUACUAUCCAGUAUCUGGAACAGAAUUCCCGCCCUACAACGCAGCCGGCAUGCCCGGAGCAUCCCUCGUGCCCUAUCCCCCAGCGGGACAGCAAGCUCCAUAUGUGGUUCCAGGGACCCACGCCUCAUCCGCAGAGCAGCCUUCGCAACCAGGCACAGUGGCCCACGAGGCAGGUGGCACAGUCUAUUUCUAUGACGCCACGCAGAUGUGGCCUAACGCAUCCUAUGCCACGCCCUCUGCGCCGGGGCCUGGUGGCGUCAUCGGCAUGGGUGGAAUGAUGACUCCUCCAGGCACAACCUUCUAUUAUCCUCAGCCGCAGGGUGGUGUAUACUACGCUCCGCAAUAA